GUCGAGGAUAAAAGCGAAUCGUAGUAAAGCUUAUUCCUAAUCGAAAGGAAAGCAAAAAGGAUUUUUUUAUUAUUUUGUUAAAUUAAUUUCAAAGUGCAUUUGCAAUAAUCAGUUCUAGUUAAUUCCAUUGGAUAUAAAAUUGAGCAACAUCAAAUAAUGGAAGUACACAAGAAUCGCAUUGGAAUCGCUAUAAGAAAGAAACAAUAAAAAUGAUGAUGAUAAAUUUAGCAGUGCAUGAAAUGUUGUUAAAUAUAGCUUAAAUAUAUUAAAAUAGGUGUAAAAAAAUAAGCAAAAAUAUAAUUUUUAAAAAAAAGUAAAGCAAAAAGUCCGCAAAAAUGCAUUUACAUUUUGAAAAAAAUUCAAAUACAAAAUGUGAUUGCACAAUUCUUUCGCUGUCGUGGAUGGGAAAGGUGCCGGAGGACAUACCAGAAGAGGAAGGAUGGAAGCUGAAUCGAACAAAUUAUUACCAAGAAGGCUGGUUGGCAACGGGAAAUACACGUGGCAUUGUUGGUGUUACAUUCUCAACAUCACAUUGUAAAAAGAAUGUAGAAUAUCCACAAAGGACGAAUUAUAAUUUACGCGGACACCGGUCAGAUGUUAUAUUAGUAAAAUGGAAUGAGCCUUAUCAAAAAUUGGCAUCGUGCGAUAGUUCCGGUAUAAUUUUUGUAUGGAUUAAAUAUGAAGGUCGAUGGAGUGUUGAGUUAAUUAAUGACAGAAAUACGCCAGUAACGCACUUCUCAUGGUCCCAUGACGGUAGAAUGGCACUGAUUACAUAUCAGGAUGGAUUUGUGCUUGUUGGUUCUGUUGCUGGACAACGAUAUUGGUCAUCAAUGUUAAAUCUCGAUGCAACAAUUACGUGCGGUCUAUGGACACCGGAUGAUCAGCAAGUUUAUUUUGGCACAACACAUGGUCAAAUCAUUGUGAUGGAUGUACACGGUGCAAUGGUGUCUCAGGUGCAAUUAUCAUCAGAAUUCGGAAUCACAUCAAUGGCAUGGUCAUGCGAAAAGUUCAAAAUGGAAGAAGGUGACACUGAGCCGGGUGUUAAAAAUGCUGCAAAUCGUUCCUUUGUGCUUGCUGUCAGCUUUCAAAAUGGAUCGAUUUAUUUGUUAAAGUCAUUUGAUGACUUAUCACCAUUAUACAUCAAUACAGGAUUAUGUGAAGGAUUCUGCAUGGAGUGGAGCAACUCGAGAGAACUUUUGGCCGUAGCUGGAACCGAAAAUGAUGGGAAAUUUUUUAAGAAGGAGACGAUGGGAACGCAUUUUAAUAAUUCUUUGAAAUUUUAUACAGAAACUGGACAAAUUUUAUAUACAGCUAAGAUUCCUAAUACAAAUUCACCUGUAACAGCCUUAACGUGGGGACAUAACGAUCGUCGGAUAUUUAUCGCAACGGGCAAUCAAGUUCACAUAGCAUGGGUCUCGAGGCGUGUUGCAUCACUCCAGCUUAUAUGUCGAUUAAAAAUUCAACAAUGUUUAUCAUCGGAAGCCUUACUACCAAAGUUACCAUUACCAGCGCGCAUGAAAUCGCUCAUUGGUAAUCUCUUUGCUCAAACUAUUCGAUGUUGCGUGCCGAAUAAUAAGUAUAACAUACGUGACUUUGUUUCGCGACCACCAGCUUGUUCAACACGACUCCAUUGUACAAUGAUAAGGCAUGAUGAUGAAAAUCAAAGCUCUGGAACAUGCUAUACAUUGUAUUUGGAAUUUAUGGGUGGACUUGUGCCAUUACUCAAAGGUAAAAGGACGUCUAAGAUCCGUCCUGAAUUUGUCAUUUUUGAUCCACAAGGCGAAGAGGUAACAAAUUCAAUUUCAACAAGCUCUUCUGAUUCGACUACAAAUAAGAGUUUGUCAUCAUCAUGUCAGUCAACAAAUGGAAGUGGGAGAAAUGGAAACACUGAUACAUCUGAGAGUGAAUCGGAUGAUUUGUGUCGCUCCCCACGUAUGCAACGCAAGAGAAAAACGCGAACAAAAAAACGCUCGACUAUAGAAAAGUCACAAAAUCCCAUAUCGGAUGUAAGUGAACCGACUCCUGAUGAGAUGGCAUAUGUCGAUACAUUACCCGAGCACAUGAAAUUGGUUGAAGUAACAUCAAAUAUCUGGGGAACGAAAUUCAAAAUUCAUGGCCUAACAAAAUCUUCAUUGCCUGCAAAUUUGGGUCAAGUGACUUACAAGACAUCCUUACUACAUCUUCAGCCUCGUCAAAUGACUUUAGUUAUAACGGAAUUGAGAGAUGAUUUUCCUGUUGGACCCGACCCAAAUUUUAAUCCAAACAUCUUCUCUGAAGAUGAAGAUGAAUGUAAUUUAAAGAGUCCGAAAGUUAAUAAGAAAAAUCGAGAGACCUCAUCGCAUAAUAAUACUAAUGGAACUCCAUCAUCAUCAUCAGGAUCAUCAUCGCAUCCACCAAUCGCUCCAAUGUCACCCCGACCGAAUCGUUUUCCAUCAACACGUAACACACGAAGACCAUCGCCUUUAGCUAUAAAUAGUAAUAGUAAUAACUCAUCAAUACCAUCAUCAAGUACAGCUGCAUCUGGUUCUGUUAAUCCACCACGAUCUCUCGGGCCAUUAGCAAAAGCUGAGAGUUAUGAAGAUGAUUUAAUGGAAACACCUGUUGCUCCUGCAAAGCAAGGAAUAAGCUAUUCAAAUUUAAUCAGUUCAUACGGUCGAUCAUCAUCAUCAUCGUCAUCCACAAAUCAAUCUCGAGUUGCUAUAUCGCCACUUUAUUGUGACCAAUCGGUGCCAACAUUACAAUCGCCCAAAAAUGCUGUCGCACCAAGCGAUAUAAUUUUUGAGCGACCCCCCGUUGGAGGUCAAACGACACUAAUGAGUUAUUCUAGUAAUACUGAUUAUUCCAAUAAUGUUGUUCAGGUUAAGAAUGCAUUAAUUAAUGAUCACACGCGACAAACGUCACACGUUAAUCCAGUUCCACUUAAUUUAAAUUUAAAUCUUGAGAGAAUAAUUGACAGUAAGUCAAAAGGUGCGAUUAAGAAGAAAGAUAUGCAAUAUAUUGAUGAUGAGCCAACACCGUCGACAUCAAGUCAAACGCCAAUUACACAAACUGACAUCAUUCCAUCAAAUGGCACGAUGAAUCGCACACAGACAGUCGCAUCGAUAUGUCCGACAAUACCUGAUAUUAUAACCCGUAGCUGUAGUGUAGGAUAUUUAGAUAAUUUUGAGUUGACGCCGGGGGAAGUGACGUUAUCACAAUUAAGGAAGGAUGCACCAAAGCGACUCGUACUAGUAGAUAGGAAAAUUCAAGCUAAUCGUAAAUAUCGAAGAAUUCCAACCCAAAAUCGCCGAUGUAUUCAGCAAUUGCAGCAUAAUAGGAAUUUUAAAAAGUCAUUUAGCCUUGAUUGUUGUGAUGCCCUUCAAGAUAUACCGAAUCUACAUAAAGAUCUCAAUAAUCUAUUCAAUCAAAUGCCAAAAUUGGCAGAAUCAUCUGAAGACACGGAGCUAUCGUCUACAGAAUUAUCAAAUACCAAUGUAAAUGCUUUAAAGAAUAAGAAUAAAUGUACAUCGACACCGAAGAAAAGUCCGAAGGAGAAAUUUUGUAGCUUUUUUAGUUCACGUUCAGGAACGCCAAUUUUAGGACGAAAAUCAAAGAAUAAUAAAGAUUGUACAUGCUUAAGUGUUUCGUGCUUAAAAUGCAAUAAUGAGAAUCAACAGCCGCUUACGUCAAAACCGCCUGUAAUACCGAAAUGGAAUAAGAAGUCAACUACACAGAAUGAUUUCGUCGGCGAGUGUAGUAAGACGUCACGAGGAGAGCAAAAGCGAAAUAAAAACUUAGAGAUAAUAACAAGCUUUACAGACAGUCCACUUUUCUCGCGGAAAUAUCGUGCUUCUAAAAAUGAUUUUGGUGCAAUACCAUCCACAUCAUCGUCGGUGAUAGACAACAAUAAUAAUGGAGGUCGUGCACAGCUGCAAAGUGAACAAAAUACACCAAUUAUGAGUAGGCGGAGUGAUAAUCGAAGUAGUAGUUCGAGUGAUGGUGGACAAGCUAGUUCUUCUGGAGUUGAAUGUACACCAGUUGAAGCUAAAACUUCCGUUUCAUUGCAUACGCAGGCUAUGACAACAUUGGAGAACAUCAUUAGUCGAUUGAGAGAUCUCGAUGAUGACAGAUCAAAUUUACAACAACCACCCCCAAGUUCACCACGUCAUCCGAGAAGUUCACCCUCAUCCCCAGCACCAAAUAAGAAGAAUAAAAGACAACAAAGCUCAUCGCCUAUUCGUCACAUUCUCAAUUCACCUCUUUUAAAUCGUCGAAAGUGCAAAAAGCAAGCACUUGAAAGCUCUGAUGAAGAUGGAAAUGAAGAUGGUGACAAUGGCAACAACAAUGGAACGUCAUCAAAUGGAAAGAGUGGCUAUCAUGACUUGGAAACAUUCCAAAAGGCUCAAUUACGUCAGAAGCUGAAACGUGGGAAAAUUGAGCCGAACGGUACAUCUACAGCAUCUACACAUAUUGUACCAGUACGUCGUGAGUUCGUGAUGUAUAACAAAGCACCUAUGUGGAAUGAAAACAGCCAAGUUUAUCAGUUGGAUUUCGGAGGACGUGUUACACAGGAAUCGGCAAAAAAUUUCCAGAUUGAAUUUCGAGGCAAACAAGUAAUGCAAUUUGGUCGAAUCGAUGGCAAUGCUUACACGCUGGAUUUCCAAUAUCCUUUCUCGGCAUUACAAGCGUUUAGCGUUGCUUUAGCAAAUGUUACACAAAGACUUAAAUAAAUUGACUCAUAACUGUCUAUUUCUCUCCAUAAAUAUAUAUAUUCUCAUAUACUAUGUAUGUAAAUUGAAAGAACUAGAUAUAAAUUUAUGUAUGAAUGCUGCUCAUGUGCUCUCUAUCUUCUCAUCAAACUCUCAAAGUGCUGUGUGCAAAUGUGCAUCAUGUCUAUAAAUUGACGUCCAUCAAUUGAAUAAUAUUCGCCUCCUUACCAUCCCUUACUUUUUUUUUCAUUCUCAUUUAUAUUAAAAUCGAGAGGAAUCCAUUUUCAAUAUUAGAUUAAGGUCAUUGCGAUACGAUAAGGAAUGAAAAUUUAUGGCUUCAGAUAAAAAAUUAUGCAAAAAAAAAUAGAGAAAUGUGCAAUGCGAGAGAUAGAGCGAGUGAUGAAAUUACCAUUAUGGUCAUAUUGGAAGGCUGGCGAAAGUUUAGUGGCUUUUUAAAAAAAAAUGCUUACGUACAUGAAGACUUCAUAGUUCGAUUCAAUAAAUGGUUAUGCUGUAUAUGAUUGAAUCAGAAAUGAUUAUUUUAAAUCAAGAAGAGUGCAAUUGGCUUGACUGUGUGCUUCGCAAGUAUUUUUCGUAAGUAUUUGAAUGAAUAUUUUUGGAAUUAGCCAUAAAGGUAUUUCAAUCGCUUGAAAAUUGACUAAUAAGCAGGAUAUCAAAAAUAUGAUGAGAUGAGAUGUUGAAUAUGUGAUGGUUUAGUAAGGUAUGGGCUAGUCGCUUGGUGCUUCAUAAAAUAUAGCCAACUCUAGGAAGAUUAUAGUUCUACAGACAGCUACAGAACAUCAAGGAUUCAAAGAACAACGUAGGUUUAAUCGACCACUUCCAAUUCUAGUCAAGAAGACUUUAAACUAGAUAGAACUUUGGUUUCUAGUAUUUAUUAAGGACAUACUCUCUUAAUUCUAUCCUUAAUACUAAUUAUGAUGCUCAAAGAUCCAACUGAGAAGCUUUUGUUAAAGACAAUAUGACUUGAAAAUCAUCGAAACAUCUUGAAUUACUCAAUUGCCAUCUACAAAAUGAAUUGAAUUACAUCCAAAUUGUCUUGGCACUUAAAUCUCCAUCACGACCUGUUAUUUCUUACAAAAAAAAAGCUCAAUUUGAAUGCUGAACAUAAGGUCAAGUAGAUAUUCAUGUUACAAAACGUUCCUUUGUCAUUUCUUUAAUCCUUAAGAUGGAAUAAUAUGUGAUAGAAGCAAAACGUAUCUUAUGGCAAGGUCAUUGCUCUUGAGAUCUUUCUUUUAUACACGAGAAGAUGACUGUAAAUUGUAUAUCAAUGAUACAUGGAUAAAAGAACUGCUGCAGCAUGAUGGAAAUUUUCUUUUUGAAUGAAUUAUUAAAGCUGUGAAGUUAAGGACCUUGGGUGGGUGGUAAUGAAGGAAUAUCUUUAAAGUUUGAUGAUAUUAAGGUCAAAACACAUGGCUAAAAGGUUUUAAAAGGCUUUUUGAAUAUUUGGAGCUAGGUUUUGUAUGAUAAACUUCCGGACAUAGCUUGACAUUUGAUCUUAGAUCAAUACUCCAGAUACAAUCCGAUUCCUUAGCUACAAAAACACCAAAAAAGAUCUUAAAUAUGCCACUCAAAUCCCAAAACACAUUCGACUUCCCAUCUCACAUAAAAAAGCUUCCAAACAUCCUGCUUACAAACAAAAAAUCUCGGAAUAAAGUCAGAAUUUUUUUUAUUAAAAAACAAAUCAAUUCAUAUCAUUAAGAUUUAAGCGAUAAAUGAAAAAUAAGAAUAAAUUUUCUUGAAGUACAAUGAUGACGACAUUAAGUAGAGAUCAACUCAUGAAAAUUUAAAGAAAAUCUAUUUCUAAUCUAACAAGCUAGUCAACAUUUUUGAUAGGGUUUCUGAAGCCGUUAACGGAAACGGAAAAACGGCUGUUUUUCAGAGAAAAAUAAAAACGUAAAACGGCUGUUUUUUUCUAGCCGUUUUUUCCGUUUUUCUUUUCUAGCUCGUGAAAAUUUUAGGUUCAGAAUAAAAUAAUAUUAACUCCAAUAAUUCUUUCAUACUCAUUAAAUUUAAGUUGUAAAGUUUUGUAACGACUACUUGAUGUUUAAAUAUUUUUAAAGUUUGAAGUAUCCUGUUUUUUCGUUAUAAGCUAGUAGCUUAGAAGAAUAAAAAAAGUGAUUUUUUGGCUCACUAGUAGCUUAGGAACGAGUAGAAGCUUAGUAAAGAAAUUAAACUUAAAGGAAAAUUUUGAAUUUUUUAACUUUAUUAAAGAAAUUUUGCUAUCUUCUCGAUUUUAUUUCAUUGAUAAUGUCAUAAGGCAUUGAGACUGAUACUUAAAAAGUUGAAAAAGAUUAAUUAAGCUUUAUUUUUGGUAGUACCUUAGUAAAGAUUACAAAAAAAUUUCAAGUUCAAAAAAACUUUCCUAAGCUAGUAGCUUAGUAACGAUUAGUAGCUUAUAACGAAAAAACAGUGUAGAUAAAAGUUUUUUUAGACACAAUACACUGUAAUAAGUUCGUUUUUUGACAAAAAUUACAGUAUGUGACUAAAACCGUGCAUAAAACACAAUUUCGGUACAAUUAAAAAAACGGACCCGUUAACGGCCGUUUUUUGGAAUAAAACGGAAACGGCCGUUUUUUAAAAAUGCCGUUUUUCAGAAACCCUAAUUUUUGAUGAAAUUAAAAUUUUUUUAAAUAAAAAAAUGAGAAAAAUAUUUUAAAAAAAAUUUCGCUGUAGGAAAAAUUUUUUGCAUUUGAUUGAAAAAUGACGAGGAAAAAAAUUGUGGGAGUUGGAGUGGGUUUGAAGGGUCGGUUGAUCGAG